AUGAAGGAUCUGGGUCCUUUGAGUUAUUUCCUUAGCAUUCAUGUCACUCGCCAUAAAGAUGGCCUGUUUCUGUCGCAACGCAAGUAUGCCGAAGAAAUCAUUGAUCGAGCUGGGAUGUCUUCUUGUAAGGCUACUUAUACUCCGGUUGAUACCAAACCGAAGGUGAGCAGUACAUCGGGUGCUCCAUAUGAUGACCCGACUCACUAUUGCAGUCUCGCAAGUGCACUUCAAUAUCUUACUUUCACGAGGCCAGAUAUCUCUUAUGCUCUUAAGCGUAUCAUCCGUUACAUUCAUGGUACACUUGAUUAUGGAAAUCCAGUGCAACAUCAGCGCACCAAGCACAUUGAAAUGGACAUUCACUUUGUUCAUGAGAAGGUUGCGCGAGGACAGGUUCGUGUCCUUCAUGUUUCAUCUCGUUAUCAGAUUGCCGAUAUUUUCACCAAGGGACUACUAUAA